AUGAGUUUGAAAGAAUUAGAGCCUCAAGCUCUAGAGGCUCUGGAUGAAGGACCGCCAUAUGAGGCAGAGGAGAUAGAGGGAACAGAGGACAAUGCAGUGAUGUACCAUGAAUGUCUGCCGCAGAUAAUUCGAGAAUCGACGCUUCUUCCAUCGCCUAUUGCCACUGCUGUUAGCCUGGUGACGAGAUCAUCUUCUCUUUAUAUUCGACUUGGCACAUUCAUAGGGGGACUUGCUAUUGAUGGUGCACGAGUAACAACACUCACCGGGUUAGAAGUCAGUAGAGCUAUUAUCGAGGGAAUACUACAUCGUGCUGGAAAGGACGUUGCAAAUCGAAGCACUGGGGAAUUAGGAAAGUUGGAAGCAGAAGGGCUACUGGAACGAAGUAUUGCGAAUCUACACGCCACCAUUACAGGAAUAUCAUUCGCUGCUUCUACUAGUUUUCAUUUUUCUUCUGUAGCUUUGUCUUCUGCUACAGACAUUUCACAACAGCUACUUGGUACACUGGAUUCGAUUCUUGGAUCGACUGAUUCUUCGAGAGCAAUAGCAAGCAUCAUUACAUUAAUUCGCCGAGAGUUUCAGAACCCCGCCACAGGAGUGGAAGGAGAAAAGGUUAGUGUAGGCGAUCUUUUGCUGGGUAUUUGUGGGUUGGCAUUAUUACAAAGAUGGUGUCGCAAAUUGACUGACCUGGAAUGUCGAGAGAACAAACACGAGGAGAUUCUUUGGGAUGUGGUUGUACUUGAUGAUGGCCGGCGAGCGGAUGUGGUCGGUAUGAUAUCAGGAGAUUCCUCCGACCUUCAAGGAGAUCCCACCAAAUUGUCUUUCAUGAAUACAAGAGGCGGUGAAUUGUUAGAGACGAUUGAACGAGAGGAGCCAAGUCAAGCUGAUGUUGGCGAGGACAAGGUGGAGAGUGUAUUGAGACAGAGGCUAAUCAAGUCACUGCCUUCUGAUGCCUCUGUUUCCAUCACGACCUCUACCAUCACAACAACGAUAAAAACAAUCACCGUCGAAGUUUCAGGGUUCGAGCCACCUGUUUUUUUGCCACCUCCCGGUGUGGAGAUAUUGGAAGAACAUGCUAUUCGUCUUGAAAAUGCGGACCUAAUCACAGGGGGCAAACAACCAGAAAUUACACCAGUACCGAGAUAUAGAGUCGUGUAUGGAAUAGUAGGAAAUAGAUUGCGGAAUACGAGUAUCGCAGAACAAGAAUUACUCCAAGCUAUUGAGAAGAACGUAGAAAGCGAUAAUAUUUCGGGCGAUGAUCAGGACAGUGACGCUCCUAGCAGCGUCGCCUAUUCAAACAUACCCAAAGCGACUUGUAUCGACGAUGGUUUGCCUGUACAAGACGAAUACUCGCCUGUCAAUCUCCCCCGGAGAACUACUGGUAGCAAAUCAAAAAUACCCAGGCUUUCAUUUCCUGGUGUUUUGGAUGAGAAAUGUAUAGUAAGUACGGAAAUGUCUUCUUUGGUUUCCGACAACUUGGCAAAUCAGAAGAGAUCAAGAAAGCCUAUCAGCCCAACUUCACCAGAUGAUAGUUCUAAACAGAUUUUCCUAAAGUCGAUUUCGAAUAAUCAAAUGUCUAAAAAGUCGAAGACCGAUGAAAUAACGGUGGAAGGACAAGAUAAGAAAACUUCUUUUCGCCAGGCCUUGAAGGGAAGAUCUAGUACCAAGUUAUCCAAUCUGUUCAACAAAGAUGGAAGUAAAGAAGACAGCAAACCCAAACUUCCACCUCGGCCUCGUCCAACAUGGGGAGACCCCACUCAUACAUCAAAAAUUAGAUCUACCUCAGCCCAUCUAUCAAUUCCACAGAAGCGGCCAAGAAAUACCGCAGGCUCCUCAACACCUUUACGUGGAAAUCAGAUCCCAUUGACGUCGGAAAAUCUUGAUAAGAUUCAGCCUGAUUUACCACCCACUCCCUCCAGAACCAGUUAUUACACGGUCCACGAACAACGAAAAGACUCAAUGGUUUCUCAAACUGACACUUAUUCAAUCCAUUCUUUUGACCAAGGCCGUCCUCAUUCCCCAGCAACACCAAGAAAUCGUUACAUGGGCCAGAAUAAUGCUAUGAAGUUACGAUCGGAGAGGGGUAUGACCCUCGAAAGUUCACUUUCAACACCCAAAAGCCAUCGACGCACGCAUUCAAAUGAAGAAAGCAUAUUUACAUUGAAUACAAACAAUUCAGAAAUUUGUCUCAUCCCAAAUUUUGGAAGAGAAAAUGGCAUAUUUGAAGGUAGGGAAGCAUUAGAUUCCCUGAUGCGGACUGGUAAGAUCGAUGGCACUUUUCCAAAGCGCCACAUCAUACAGAACAUUACCCGUUUCGUCAAGUUUGCGUCUGCCUCUUACGGCUCCAAUUUUCUUCGAGUAAUGGGGAUCUCAGAUCCUAGCACAAGACAAGAGCUUAAUGCUAUACAUCAUCUUGAACAUCAAUCAUUUUCGUCUCAUACACAACUGCCUGCCGACACUAUUCUUCUUUCUUCAUUUGUUGAUCCUCAAGGUGGAACUGAUUCUAGUGGACUCACAAAUACUGGUGUUCCAAUGGUUCACUAUAUAUCACUGGAUCAUCAAUCACAAGCUAUAGUUCUCACAUGUCGUGGUACUCUAGGAUUUGAAGAUGUUCUCGCAGAUAUGACUUGUGAUUAUGAUGAAUUGGUUUGGCGUGGUAAAGCUUACAAAGUCCAUAAGGGGAUUCAUGCAUCUGCCCGUAGACUUCUUCAUGGCGGUGGAGGCCGUGUUAUGGCCACAAUAAAAGCAGCACUUGAGGAGUUUCCAGAUUAUGGUCUGGUUAUGUGUGGGCAUUCAUUAGGUGGUGGUGUAAGUACUUUGUUGGCUAUAAUGGUUUCCGAACCUGCUGGCUACGGCACAUCAUUCGUUACAUCUUAUCAUCCCGAGCAUUCAUCCACAUCUCUUGACGCUACUGAUAAUUCUUCUCAAACACUACACCUCCCACCGGGUCGUCCAAUCCAUGUUUAUGCUUAUGGUCCCCCUGCUACGGUUUCUCCAUCUCUAAGAUCUGCAACUAGAGGUCUCAUCACAACAGUCGUCAAUGGUAAUGAUCUUGUCCCUCAUCUUUCCCUCGGUUUACUUCACGACCUUCAAGCAGUUGCUCUUGCAUUCAAGAACGACAACUCGGGUGCGAAAGGUGAGGUGAAGAGAAGAGUAUGGACGGGAAUGAGCAAUUCAUUUACUGAAAGAUGGUAUGGGCGAUCUGGACAUGGAACUGAUGAAGAGGAGGAAGAUAAGUGGGCAUAUGCUGCACUCAAGGCGCUCCGAGCUUGCAUGUUGAGCAAUAAAUUGGUACCACCUGGAGAGGUUUUUGUAGUUGAGAGCAUGGCUGUCUUGAAACGAAGUGCUUUCACAAGGAACAGUGAUAUGAGCGAUGGAAAAAAUGAUAGAGGAGAAGAUGGAUUGGGUAAACCAGCAACUAGAAGUGUAUUAAAGUACGUGAGGGAUGUAGAGAAGAGGUUUGGUGAAGUCAGAUUUGGGGGAAGUAUGCUGUUGGACCAUAGUCCAGGAAGCCAUGGAAGAUACUAUAACUUUUCAAAUAUUCGGUAUGGAGAAGCUCCUGUUGGGCCACUACGAUUUUCCAGACCAAUCCCUCCGCGAACUGCCAAUCGAACUAUAAAUACCGGUCAAGAAGCAAGAUCAUGCUACCGAGCACAUCCUUAUUGGUUAAAGACAGCACGGCAGUAUAUUAAUAAGGUCCCUCUAGAUGAGAUAAAGCACGAAUGGUUCGAUAUAAACAAUCCGCCUUUACAUGAUGCCAGUCAAUCCGAAGACUGUUUAUUUUUAGACGUGAUGGUACCUACUACGAUUUUCGAUAAAAGUUCAAAGAUUGAGACAUGCGAUGAUGAACCAAGUGCCCCUGUUCUAGUUUGGAUUGAUGGUGGCGGCUUUACUGGUGGAUACAAGCAUGAAACUAAUCCUGCAGGAUUAAUCGAGAAUUCAAUGGUAUUAAAGGAAGAGUUCGUCUAUGUUUCCAUAAACUACAGACUUGGUCUUUAUGGCUUCUUAGGUGGACCACUUUUGAAAGCCGAUGGAGAUGCAAAUGCAGGUCUGCUUGAUCAACGACUAGCUUUAGAAUGGGUCCAGGAGUUUAUUUACUUAUUUGGAGGCGACAAGAACCGAGUUACUGUCAUGGGUGAAUCGGCCGGUGGUGGAUCUAUACUACAUCAAAUAACUGCAUAUGGUGGAAUGAGAGGUCCCCCACCAUUUCAACAAGCUAUCCUACAAAGUCCGGGGUUCCAGCCAAAUCCAGGAAGUUAUCAACAAGAAAGAAUCUCACAUCACGUCUUGAACGACGCAAGUAGCUUUUCAAAUAGAUCGAUUACAACUAUUGAUGAUUUACGAACAGUGGAUACUAGGACAUUGGCUAAAGUCAAUGAUUUUAUCGUUGCAAAUUCUCCUUAUGGCCUUUAUACAUUCGGUCCAACUGUCGAUGGAACCUUUGUACCAGCACUCCCUGGUCAAGUUCUAGCGGAUAAGAAUUUUCAAACUUCUCUGGCAUUAAUGAUAGGAGGAAAUGAUCAAGAAGGUGUUUUGUUCACUUCACCAUAUAUUUUGAACCAAGCAGAUUAUGUUGCCAAUCUUAAAUGGUUGUUUCCAAGGGCUCCCGAAUUGUUAAUUUAUGACAUUUUCGCCCUUUAUCCCGACCAAUUCGAUGGGAAAUAUGGUUAUACGAGUGAAAUGAUGCGAGCGGCUGUUACCAGUGCAGAGUCCUGCUUUGCAUGCAAUACGAGAUACCUGAAUGCUAAAGUCGGAAACAAGUCAUACGUUUAUUCAUUUGAUGUACCUCCAGCAUUACAUGCAGAUGAUGUUGCAUAUACAUUCUAUAAUGGUCCGGGGAGUGUUACAUGGGAUGGGAAACCUGUAUUUGGAGGUGCGGCACUUUCUCUUCAAGAUUACAUUGUGAAUUUUGUGACUACUGGUACUCCGAAUGGAAGAAGGGUUCCUGAUUUUCCUCAAUAUGGAAGCGAAUCGAAUGUUUUGAGUAUUAACUCAUCGUUUUUGGGAACUAUCUCUGUUGAUCCUUUAGUAAGGGGGCAAUGUGAAUGGUGGCAGAAAGCGCUUUACUAUUGA